UCCUCCUCCUCCCUCCUUCCUUCCCCUCCUCUAAUGGCUUCCUUCUCACUCUAACUCUCUCUCUCUCUCUCUCUCUCUCUCUCUCUCUCUCUCUCUCUCUAUCUCUCUAUCCGUUUCUUGUUCUCUACAAGAAAUCCAACGGCAUUGGCAUUAUCCUUCUCGGGUCAUUGGGGGGAUCAUUGUUGCUGCUGAUUAAUGGAUGAGAAGAAAGAUGGUGAUAACCCGGAAAAGUGCUUGCUUGCUGCAGAUGGGCUCUGUCCAAAAGAGGAAGAGAAUCGGGUUGGCUUCUUUGAUCGUUUGCUGAGUUGAAUGCUUUGUCAGAGAGCGGUUAUUUGGGAGGUUACAGCAUGUUGCUAGUUCUCUCCCAAUUGUUCAAUUACUCUUGCAACAAUAAUUUCUAUAUAAACAAGUCUGUCAUGCUACUCAGUGACGACAAGCUUCUACAAGCCAGUGACCCUCACGGUACUGACGGUAUAGAGACCUCUAUGUCGAGGUUUCUUGAAGUCCACUGAGAAAGUGUUGCUUGUUCUUUGCUGAACCUCAAAAAUGGAGAGAUAUAAAAUUUUGGAAGAGCUAGGAGAUGGCACUUGCGGCUGUGUUUAUAAGGCCAUCAACAGGGAAACAUGUGAAACUGUUGCUGUCAAGAAAAUGAAGAGAAAAUUCUAUUUCUGGGACGAAUGUGUAAAUUUGAGAGAAGUCAAGGCCCUCCGCAAAUUGAAUCAUCCCAAUAUAAUAAAGUUGAAGGAAGUUGUCAGGGAAAAUAAUGAGCUGUUUUUCAUUUUUGAGCAUAUGGAUUACAACUUGUACCAAAUAAUGAGAGAUCGAGACAGUCCGUUUUCAGAGGAAGAAAUACGCAACUUCAUGUCUCAGGUGCUUCAGGGCCUUGCCCACAUGCAUAGAGUUAGCUAUUUUCAUCGAGAUUUGAAGCCAGAGAACCUGCUGGUAAAAAAUCUCAUUCUUAAAAUUGCUGAUUUUGGACUGGCUAGGGAGGUGACUUCAACACCUCCUUAUACUGAGUAUGUGUCCACACGCUGGUACCGUGCCCCAGAAGUUCUGCUGCAGUCCUGGUUGUACACUCCUGCAAUUGACAUGUGGGCAGUUGGAGCUAUACUAGCUGAGCUUUUCACCCUGUCUCCUAUUUUUCCAGGCGAAAGUGAAAUGGAUCAACUGUACAAAAUAGUUACUGUUCUCGGGAGGCCACAUUGGAAUGCUUUUCCUGAAGCUAAAAAUAUUUCUCGAUUGGUUGACAUCAGUUAUACAGAGAUUCUUCCUGUCAAUCUCUAUGAGAUUAUACCUAAUGCUAGCACAGAAGCAAUUGAUCUCUUCAUGCAACUGUGUUCCUGGGACCCAUCAAAGAGGCCGACUGCAGAUCAGGCCCUGCAGCACCCAUUUUUUCAUGUUUCCACGUGGAUUCCACGUCCACUCCAUGAUUCUGUUGAGAAGAAGCUAGAAAAAACAGGUUCAAAGCCGAACCUUGAGUUGAAUCUGUGGAACUUCAGCACACAACCUGAUGACUGUUUCCUUGGCUUGACUCUAGGCGUGAAGCCUAGUAAUCAGAAUCCGGGGAUGGGACCUAAUGUCUCUCAGGGUCUAAGAGAGGAAAUACUGUUUGGAUCUGAUUACAAAGAGUACCAGGAAAAGUCUGCUUUCUGGUCGCUGCUUUCUCCUGAUCAGAGUCGAAUUCACGCGCCAGUGGAUUCUGCACUUUCAUUAUCAUUCAGCAAUUCGAUUCAGCAGCCGUCGGUCGGGGUCCUCCAAUCGACUGGGUUAACGAUGCCUUCUUUGCAGCCCAAUCUUCUGGACUGCCCUUUAUUGGCCAUGCCCACUCCUUUUCGGCAGGGCAACUGGCUUUGAUUGAGCAGAUGCAAACUAACCCUUAUGUUUGACCUACUGAAAUAAAACUGAGGAGGAGCCUCUGCAAUUCUUCAUUUUCAUCAAUCUCUCUCUUUUUUUUUGUUUUCCAAGACAUUUUUCUUCUUGUAAAUCUCUACAUGGGACCCACAAUUAAAAGAGAUCUUUGCCCCCAUCCCACAUCUUUUCAUAUGGGGGUUUUACGUUUAGGAAUAUAUCAUAGUUGGCAAAUUUUGAGGUGCAAAUUGCUAUAUUUAGGAUCUGAUGUUUUUCAAUUUUUAGGGGAGAAUUCUUGUACAGAGGGGUGGGACUGAGUCCAGAGUCCAAACUCACAUUCUUAAUAUUGCAAUCCAGCAUUUCGAGUUUUUCUUGUACA